GCGCCGGCCUAUCCUCCCACCCCGGACUCCAACCCGGAACUAACCUAUGCUCCCUUGGGAAGGCCGCGCGCCGGGUCAGGAGUGAGAUCUUGGGCCACCAGGUGCUCCAGAGGGGGAGGUUACAUAGUCUGGGAAGUGCAGCCCUCUGUCCAGGCUGGACCAUGGCGCCCCCGCGGAACGUGGUGAAGAUCGCUGUCCAGAUGCGUGACGCCAUCCCGCAGCUUAUCCAGCUGGACCAGGCAAAGCCCUUGGCUGCUGUAUUGAAGGAGGUGUGCGACGCGUGGAGCCUGGCUCACUCUGAGCACUAUGCCCUGCAGUUUGCUGAUGGGCACAAGAGAUACAUCACUGAGAAUAACCGGACAGAGAUCAAGAAUGGCAGCAUCUUGUGCCUCAGCACUGCCGCAGACCUGGAGGCUGAGCGACUUUUGGGUGGGCUGCAGAGUGGGAGUCGUGAAGGGCGCCGGGAAGCCCUGUGCCACCUCGUCCUGCUGGCUCCAGACAUGACAUUUGCCCAGGAGGUCAUCAGCCGUGAUGGGCUUCAGAGACUAGGCACCAUCAUUGAGGAUGGGGACGAUCUAGGGGAGCAGCUGUCCCUUGCACUGAAGGCCUUCUUGGAGCUCAUGGAGCAUGGUGUGGUAUCCUGGGAGACACUCAGCAUCCCUUUUGUUAAGAAGGUGGUGAACUACGUGAACAUGAAUCUGAUGGAUGCAUCUGUGCAGCCUCUGGCUCUCCGACUACUGGAAAGUGUGACCUUAAGCAGCCCAGCCCUGGGUCAACUGGUCAAAAGUGAGGUGCCACUGGACAGGCUAUUGGUGCACCUACAGGUGAUGAACCAGCAGCUGCAAACCAAGGCCAUGGCUCUGCUGACAGCUUUGCUACAGGGCGCUAGCCCUGCUGAACGUAAGAAUAUGCUUGACUACCUAUGGCAGAGAAAUCUUCGCCAGUUCAUCUACAAGAACAUCAUCCACAGUGCAGCGCCGCUGGGCGAUGAGAUGGCUCACCACUUGUAUGUACUGCAGGCCCUUACACUGGGGCUGCUGGAGCCACGCAUGCGGACGCCACUGGACCCAUACAGCCAGGAGCAACGGGAGCAGCUGCAAGCCCUGCGCCAGGCGGCCUUCGAGUUGGAGGGAGAGUCUCCAGGGACCGGGCUAAGUGCUGAUCGUCGCCGCUCUCUCUGUGCCCGAGAGUUCCGCAAAUUGGGCUUCUCGAACAGCAACCCUGGGCAGGACCUAGAGCGCGUGCCCCCUGGCCUGCUGGCCCUGGACAACAUGCUUUACUUCUCCAAGCAAGCACCCAGUGCCUACAGCCGGUUUGUGUUGGAGAACAGCAGCCGGGAGGACAAGCAUGAGUGUCCCUUUGCCCGGAGCAGCAUCCAGCUGACUGUGUUGCUGUGUGAGCUGCUCCAUGUGGGGGAGCCCUGCUCUGAAACAGCGCAGGACUUUUCACCCAUGUUCUUUGGCCAAGACCACAGCUUCCAUGAGCUCUUCUGUGUAAGCAUACAGCUGCUGAAUAAGACCUGGAAGGAGAUGCGCGCCACACAGGAGGACUUUGACAAGGUCAUACAAGUGGUGCGGGAGCAGCUGGCCCGCACACUGGCCUUGAAGCCCAGCUCUCUGGAGCUCUUCCGAACCAAGGUGAACGCGCUCACCUAUGGAGAGGUGCUGAGGCUGAGGCAGACAGAGCGGCUGCAUCAGGAGGGCACGCUGGCCCCGCCUAUACUGGAACUUCGGGAGAAGCUGAAGCCAGAGCUCCUAGGCCUCAUCCGCCAGCAGCGCUUGCUCCGCCUCUGUGAGGGGACACUCUUCCACAAGAUCAGCAGCCGGAGGCGCCAGGACAAGCUGUGGUUCUGCUGCCUGUCUGCUAACCACAAGGUGCUGCAGUAUGGGGAUGUGGAGGAGGGUGCUGGGCCGCCCACCCCCGAGACCCUGCCUGAGCAACUCCCUGUGGCUGAUAUCAGGGCAUUGCUGACAGGCAAGGAUUGUCCCCAUGUCCGGGAGAAGGGCUCAGGGAAGCAAAACAAGGACCUCUGUGAGUUAGCUUUCUCAGUCAGCUAUGACCGCAGGGAGGAGGAAGAGUACCUCAACUUCAUUGCCCCCUCCAAACGGGAGUUCCAUCUUUGGACAGAUGGGCUGAGUGCCCUGCUGGGCAAUGCUAUGGCCAGUGAGCAGACACGCCAGGACCUGGAGCAGCUGCUGACCAUGGAGACCAAACUGCGAUUGUUGGAGCUAGAGAACGUGCCCAUCCCUGAGCAGCCACCCCCGGUUCCCCCACCACCUACCAACUUCAAUUUCUGCUAUGACUGUAGCGUCGCUGAACCCUGACAGGAAAGUUGGCCAAGGGCUGUGGCUGCUACCACUACAGUGGCCGCAAAAGGGUAGAGGGUGGAGAAGCACCAAUACUAACCAGUAGAAAUAAAGCCCAUUUGGCUAUGUGUCAAGCCAGCUCUGAACUUUA